AUUUUUUAAGGCGGAUGGCCAACCGAGCGAAUAUGCCUUCCCCGUUCCAUUGAUUGUGACGUAUAUUUGCUCAGUCAAAGGACAGUUUUCUUCGUUGACAAACGGCCACUCAUCCACUCCAAAGGAUGAAUCUUCCCACAAGAAUAGCGGCAGCACAGAGACUGCCUCUUCUCUACGCUCGUGCUCUUCCUUUCCCCUUUCUCCGAGGGGCGCCCAAACUUGGGUUUGUGUCGUUUUCGCACCAGAGCCGGAGAUUGAGAGUGAGGUUUUCGAUUAAAAUGGCUCAGAGUUUGGAGAUAUGCGAUGUGGGUGUUGAAAACAAGCUGGGGGUGGUUCGCCCUGCCACAGAAGAGUACGCUGAGGAGGCAAUUGAAGCUCUUAAAGCUGGCAAGGUUAUUGCUGUGCCCACGGAUACACUCUACGGAUUCGCUUGUGAUGCUUGUUCUUUGGAAGCAGUUAAUAGGAUUUACGAGAUUAAAGGACGUAAACUUACUAGCCCUCUCGCAAUAUGUGUUGGGGAUGUAUCAGAUAUAAAGCGCUUUGCAGUCACAGACCAUUUGCCUCAUGGCUUGCUUGAUUCUCUCCUUCCAGGACCUGUUACUGUCAUACUAAGGCGAGGAGAGUCAAGUAUUCUUGAGAAGUCUUUGAACCCAGAAUUGGAUAGUGUAGGAGUCCGAGUGCCUGACUGUAACUUUAUAAGGGCUAUUGCUCGUGGUUCGGGAAGUGCACUGGCCCUUACAAGUGCAAAUCUAAGUGGGCAGCCAAGUAGUGUCUGCAUCAAAGAUUUUGAGAACCUUUGGCAACACUGUGCAUUUGUUUACGACGGUGGUUUGCUUCCAGCCGGUCGAGCAGGCUCUACAAUUGUGGACCUAACCAGGGUGGGAAAGUACAAGAUUGUUAGACCUGGAAGUGCACAGGAAGAGACUGUUGCAAUUCUUGAGAGGCAUUCUCUAGUAGAAGAAGCAACAGUUACUUGAAGAAUUGAUGAAACGAUAUGCUGCUCACUGAUAUUAUUGGCUUACUGGUUUAUUGUAUAGGCAGGAAAGGUUCUGCUUGGGUAUGGGAGAAACUGUCGUUUCCUGUGUCACAGUAAAUCAUUUAACUAUUAGAAUUAUAAUCUUGAACCAUAUUGAGGAAUUCUAUUGAGCCUUAUUUUUAUCUGAACUCCUUUUUGGUCAAAGUAAUUGGCCCCAAGAGAAAGAGGAAAGGGAGAUUAGAACUAAUAACUUUUACUUCAUGAGAAGUGGCAUGUCUCCAGCGGAUUUCUAGGGGUAUUGAAUUCUUAAUUUAUGACAAACCCCAAAAGAUAUUUAUUUGUCAGUGAAUGGUUUGACAUCUAGUGGCAAUAAAAUCAGGUGGGCAUC